AUGCACGGUCAGUUGGUUGUCCAACAAAGCCAAUUUAUGGACCCAGGUUCGCAGUAUCAAUUCCCUGAAGAGACGGACAGGGGCUUACAACUAGUCCAUCUUCUUAAGGACUGUGUUAAGUAUAUUGAAUCAGGGAACAUCACUAGAGCAGAUACUGCACUGUAUAAAAUUUCUAAGCUUGCCCCCCCUCAUGGUGAUUCAAUGCAGCGGGUAGCAACUUAUUUCAGUGAGGCACUAGCUUUUCAAGUGAUCAAAAAUAGGCGUGGCAUACCCAAAAUUCUUGGUUUGUCAAAAACACUAUCAACAUCAGAAGAACUACUUGUUAAGAAACUAUUCUUUGAGUUGUAUCCGUUUUCAAAGAGUGCAUACAAGAUCACAAAUCAGGCCAUUAUUGAAGCCAUGGAUGGGGAAAAAAUAAUUAAUAUCCUUGAUCUCAGUGUGUCUGAUGCCACUCAGUGGAUUUAUCUUAUGCAGAGUUUAAAAGAGCGUUUACCAAACCAUUCAUAUCUGAAAAUUACAAUUACAGGCAUACAUGAGAAGAAAGAGGUCUUAGAGCAAAUGGAGUUACAUUUAAGAGUAGAAGCUGAAAAUAUGAAUUUUUCUUUUCAAUUCAAUGCUAUUGUAAGCAACUUGGAGAACCUUGACCUUGAAAGAUUGCCUUUCGAUAAAGGAGAGCCUCUUGCAAUUAGUUGUGUUCUUCAACUUCACUCUCUUCUUGCAACUGAUGAUCAAAUGGUAAAAAAUCCAAGUCCUGAUUCGACAAUGUCACCUCUUUCUACAUGCCCUUCACCUAAGAUGGAGUGUUUUCUAAGUGGCCUAUGGAAGCUUCGUCCUAAAGUGAUGGUGAUCACUGAGCAAGAAUCAAAUGUUAAUGGUUCCACUUUGACAGAGAGGAUCAACAACGCAUUGAACUUUUAUGGGGCACUAUUUGAUUGCUUGGAAGCUACCAUUUCAAAAGCAUCAGUAGAGAGAACCUUAGUGGAGAAGAUGCUAUUAAGGGAGCAAAUAAAAAACAUCAUUGCAUGUGAAGGAGUUAAGAGAAAAGAGAGGCAUGAGAAACUUGAGACAUGGAUCACAAGACUUUUAUUGGCUGGUUUUGUGAAGGUACCUAUCAGCUUUGGUGGGAUGCUACAGACAACAAAGCUGUUACAAAGCUACAUACAUGGAUAUCAAAUCCGUCACGAGAAUGAGUGCUUAUUUAUCUGUUGGAAUGGUAAUCCUCUCUUUUAUAUAUCAGCCUGGAGAUUUCCCUCAGAUGAUAUUUGA